AUGCGGACGUUGAUAUCAUGGAUUGAUGAGAACUACACAGACCGGUACGCCGAGGCAGACUCUCAUCUAGAAAGGGGCGUGAUCACGUUGAGGAAUCUGCCAUUCCUCGCCUGCCCAGGCGAAGUACUCAUAUGGAAAGAGGAAGGGAGGGUGAAGUCCGCAGUUAUAUCUUCACGAAUAUAUCAGACGUCACCACCGAUCCUAUACUGGGAUGGCUCCGAGACCAUGAGGUCAAAUGACAACCCUGAGAGUGGCGCUAAGAAAGGCGAAUUCUCAACCAUAUGGGCUGCAAACGCAUGGAACUAUAAAUUUGUCGGCGAAUUCAUCCGCAAGAAUGUUUCUAUUGACCUCAAGUUCAAGGCCUCAUCCUUGGACCAAGAGGUAGCGAUCUCAACGCUCGCAGUCUACCCCUUGAGGUUCGCCGACGAGAAUACAAGACUUCAGUUGGAGAGACGAGGGCAGACCUUUUGGGGUUGUCUCAUUCGUAACUUGGUGUCGUACACAGGCGAGGAUGGCAUGUUCACAAGUGGUGAGCGCUUCAUGGUGGACUUCCAGAUAUACAAGGAACUCCACAGCGACUCUCUCAAGUUCGAGUUGGUUUACGGAGACAUCAAUGGCAACGAAGACAGUGAAGACCACGAAAGGCGCAAAAUGAGCGCCGAUGAGAUGGAGUCUGAGACACCGCCCAGUGAACCUAGCAUCUACGUCUUUCCUGACAUUGUCCCCGGAUACCACUUAAGGAGCAAGAAAUGGGUGGACCUCGAAGUCGAUCGCAUAACAGACGUCAAGUGGAAUAAAAAGUCAUUCGACAGCCUUGUAAUCGAUUCGAAAGCCAAGGAAAUGAUACAAGCGCUCGUCAGCCACCAGAUAGAGAGCGAAAAGGGCACCGACCUCAUCCACCGCAAGGGCAACGGCCUGAUAAUCUUGCUGCACGGCGGCCCAGGAACCGGCAAGACCUUCACGGCGGAGAGCGUGGCUGAAAUAGCCGAGAAGCCCCUGUUCUGCGUGACCUGCGGAGACAUUGGCACCAAGCCGGAGCAGGUGGAGAAGUAUCUCGAAUCGGUGCUGUAUCUCGGCAAGACCUGGGGCUGCGUGGUGCUGAUCGACGAGGCUGAGGUGUUCCUGGAGCAACGCAGUCUCGACAACCUCGAACGUAAUGCGCUGGUCUCGGUCUUUCUGCGGGUCCUGGAAUAUUACGAGGGGAUCCUCGUGUUGACGACCAACCGCGUGGGGACCUUUGACGAAGCCUUCAAGUCUCGGAUCCUUCUCUCCCUCCACUACGAGAAGCUGACAAAGGGCCAACGACGCAAGAUCUGGCGGGGUUUCAUCAACCACUUGCAGAGCACCCACCGUGACUUGUCCAGCCAUGACAAAGACAUCAAGGGGAAGAACGGGGAAGGCCCUUCAGAAGGUGUGCCUGAAAUUGCCUACCAGGAGAUUCUCGACUCCCUCGACGAGCUAUCAGCCCAUGAACUCAACGGCCGCCAGAUACGGAACAUUAUUACCACGUCUCGGCAGCUUGCUAAGUUCCGCAAGCAGACGUUGAACUACGGGCUUCUCGAAGAAGUUAUCUCUCUGUCGGGCAAAUUUGAUGAAUAUUUCCGCAAGCUCAACGAGAAUCAGUCCGACGAGCAGAUAGCUAGGAGUGAUGGGAUCCGAUAA